GUACCCCCAUGGGCUCAUUGACGGGUCCGUGGCCGUGGCCAUGAGCGUGCGUAUCGUGCGCAUAUCGACGCGGCUGGCGCGAGAGGUUGGUUCGGCCGGUCCGGGCAGCAGCCACUGUUGUCCUGCGAAGUGACUGCAUCGUGUGAGGGGUGGGUUGUCGGGUUGAGAUGUCCAACCGCCGGAGCUCUGCGAUGAUGAAGCUCAAAUCCGCUUGCGCCGUAUACGGAUUGGCGCCUUGGCGCUACACCCUGCUCGUCACUCAUCGUCCUGUUCAACCUUGUUCUUCGCAUGACUGAUUCCUAUUUCAUGUAUCAUACAAGAUGAGUAUCUUUUCCUCUACAAUGUUGCGAAUCUGCCAUCAUGGCUCGCUUCGAAGAUUUGAGCGACGACGUCCUUUACUUGAUUCUCCGACAUUUGUCCCCUGAGCGUUUAUCUAGCCUGUGUUGUCUGCGGCUUGUGUCAACCCGAGUGAAGGCCUUUGCCGAGUCCGUACUGUACAGAAAUAUCAUCCUGGAAGACAAUGACCAACAUGACCUCGCUUCGUACCGUUUCAUUGAGCGGUUAAGCAACCCUGGGGAUGCUCUGUCUCAACAUGUGCGUUCUCUUCAGAUUAAGUCAUUUAGAGGCGAUCAUGAAAGUUUUUGCAUGAAUACGGAACUCUUAGCAGCAUGUCUGAACAGUCUUGAGAGACUCAGCUCGUUUAAUUGGGACUCUAAAGUUCCUUUACCCGGGGGACUACUGAGCAUCUUACAUGAACGUUUGCCAGAUGUGCGGCUCUGCGCUACUGUCAAUGAUCUCGACCAAGCGCUCCUAGAUUCGCCUCAACUUCACCGUUUGGCCGUUUCACUUCCAGACUUGGACCCUACCGACCAUAAGAAGCCAGUUCUCUGGGAACAGCUUAAGCAGAUACUUGUACACUGUCAUAAUCUGCGGCGCUUAAUGCUUGAUGUCCAUCCGGACCGUACAGUACGACCAUUACCCGACCUCACCAUAGAGGGUACUCAGAACUCGGUUGUUGUUGAGUCUUAUACACGUUGGGGUUACCGAGGUGUAUCUACCGAUGCCGACAUCACUUCUCAUCGGUCGCGCGAAUCAGAGAAGAACAUGGUGCAAAUUCCACUAGAACCUGGCGAUGUACUGCCUACUCUCGAGGACCUUGACAUCCGAGCCAAGACUUACAAUCUUGAUGCGAGACAUUGUGCUCAACUUCUGCACUGCAUGAACUGGACAAGGCUGAGGCGCCUUAGGCUCGGCCCAUCAGAUCCCAAGAUGUUCUUUGAAACUUUCAAGGACAAACUUCCCAAUCUCGAGGUUUUUGAGUUCACGUACAUUUACGAGAAUCUACACUACACUCCAUAUGAUACUUACACACCCAAGCUUUCUGCAUGCGCCGAAUUUGUCGCUUCGAUCACCGUACUGAAGGAAUUUAUUGUUCGAUGCAAUACCGUCAACCUGAAAGAUAGUCUCUGGAUGUCCCUGGCGGAGGUGCACGGCCCGCAUUUGGAGCGUCUUUCCAUUCAGGCUCGUUACCAGGACCUAGAGGCUCCUAUCUGCAACGGCAACCUAGGCGAUCUUCUCGCUUGUUUCUCUAACCUACUCGCAUUGGAUCUUGCUCUUCGCACCUGCAUUUCAAUGCCAUUUAUGUGUUCGUUCUGCCCAAUACAAGGGCAUGCAUUAAGUACAAACUACGUUGACACAAUACCGGUCAUCGCAUCUAUCAGAUCUCUUCAGAUAUCGAUCCGAGUUCACCCUUGCGAUCAAUCGCUCUACUCGUACAUUGCCGAUCACGCUCACUGCGCUAUCCGGAAGGUAUGGACUGCAUACGCAAAUGAUUCGAGAAAUUGUGAGCUGGAGACGUUCAACAUUAAGUUUUGGCGUUGGGAGCCUACGUCACCUCAUCUGAACGAGGAUGGAUUUCCUCGUAAUGCCCAUAUCACAAGACUGGUUUUCGAAAGCAGGAUGUGCGGAGACAGACUGAUUAUCAAACCUCGCAACCACCAUAAGGUCCAGCCAGUGAAUCAAGUAUGGCAUGGGACUGAAGGGGAAGGACUUCAGGCGACAUAUGUUGCUGAAGAGCAGAACGUCCCAGCUCCACUGUUUAAUGUGAGCGAUCGGUUCCGUGAAGCGCUUGGGCGAUUCUUUCCACAGUUGCCCAAUGGUACUCGUUCGAGGCGUUAUCGGUGAAUGUUUCCCAUAUCGAUUGAAAACCACUGUUGAAUACUACUCAUAGUAGAGGGUUGCACGCUUUGUUAGUCAUGUUUUUGUACACCAUAAAUCUGGAGCCUCGACUAAGUUCUUUCUCUUUUGUAUCAAUAACUGUCUUUUACCUCUCACAAUAUAGGCUUUAUGCUGAUACACUCAAUUAUCUACUAUGUAAGUCUUGGCAACAUGUCAAUUAACCUAAUCAGAUCGCUCAUCAAUAGGGCCGAUGUUCGUCUUGCUGCACCGGACCCAAGCACAAACCAAAGGGCAUCAGCGAUUUGACCACAUG